CAGAUUAAUAUUGACUACAGAGUGUUUUCCAUGUAUUCUUCCAGCCACCUAAUUCUCACUGCCGUCCUUGUUGGUGCACUCAUCAUCAGGAUUGGCUUUGUAGUAGGGCUUGGAAUGGGCCUGAGGAAAGACUCUGAAAAUUGUGAGAAAUCUGGACAAGAUAAUAUUUCAUACAAGUCUGCCACAGGAAGUUAUCAAAACGCAGCUUUAGUUGCUGAUUCAAAGAUUGCUUCAGAUAUUGGAAACUACAUUCUAACUCAUAGAGGAGGUAACGCAGUUGACGCUGCAGUAGCUGCUGUGUUAGCUACAGGUGUCAUAAGUGCUCACAGCUGUGGCAUAGGAGGAGGAUCAUUCUUUGUUAUAUAUGACAGUGAACAUGGCUGGCAUGCAGUGGACAGCAGGGAGACUGCCCCACAGGCAGCCACAGAGGACAUGUUCAGGGCCCCGGAAGAUAAAAAGAAAUCCCUUUAUGGGGGCAUGGCAAUUGCAACACCCGGUGAGGUCAGAGGUCUCUACGAGGUACAUUCCAAACUGGGCCGGGUUCCUUGGAGGGAUGUUGUCAUGCCAACAGUUAGACUAUGUGAAAACGGUGUACCACUUACAAGCGCACUUCAUAUUGCACUGGGACGGCUCCAAGCUCAAGAGUUGAAAAAUCAGUUUUUUGAGUACUUUGACCACAACCACAAUAUAAAACCUACAGGAACUCCAAUCCGACUGCCUCGUCUUGCCAGGACAUUCCAAGCUAUUGCUGAUGACCCGCUGUCUUUCUAUGUUGGCUCCCUUGCUGAAGAUGUUGUUGCAGAUAUUGUAGAUGCUGGUGGUAUUAUAACAUUGGAAGAUCUGAGAAACUACACUGUCAAGUGGACCAAACCAUCUGUGAUGACCCUCCCGGGUAACUUCAGUGUUCAUUCCAUCCCACCCCCAGGGAGUGGACCGGUCCUUGGUUUUAUCCUCAAUAUUCUCAGUGGCUAUGAUUUUAGUCCAGCAAGUAUUGCGGAUGAUGCUGCUUCCAUUUUGACUCAUCACAGAAUUGUAGAAGCCAUGAAAUUUGCCUAUGGAAAAAGAAGUGAACUGGGAGAUGAUGACUUUGUUGAUGUAGCUGAAGAUGUUGCUAAGAUGCAGUCAUUGGCUUAUGGUGAAACAAUACGACAGAAAAUCAAUGACACAUUUACACAAGACACAAGUUAUUACAACCCAACCUACCAUAUGAACAACGAUCACGGCACUGCUCAUAUCUCAGUAGUGGAUGCUGAGGGAAAUGCUGUCUCCGUCACAAGCACAGUCAACACCUAUUUUGGGUGUCAAGUCAAAGGUCAUCGAACAGGCAUCAUCUUUAACAGUGAGAUGGAUGACUUCUCAACACCAAACACCACCAACUAUUUCAACUUGCCGGCGUCUCCAGCUAACUUCAUCAAACCAGGGAAGAGACCCAUGUCUUCCAUGUGUCCUGCCAUUGUCUUUGAUAACAACACAGGCAGGGUGAAACUGGUGACAGGGGCAGCCGGCGGCAGCAAAAUUACCACAGCCACAGCAAUGAAUAUUAUAGAUGUGCUGUGGUUUGGGCUACCACUUCCAGCCUCCAUUGAUCGUCCACGGUUACACCACCAGUUGUUUCCUCCAGAGAUUCAGGUGGAGGCUAAUUACCCAAAGACCAUACUGAAUGGGCUUAGAUCCAAAGGUCAUGUCAUUGGGAGCAUGCAAGGCCAGUCAAUUGUUCAGUCGGUCAAUGUUUUAAAUAAUGACAUUGUGGCCGUGGCGGAUUUCAGGAAAGGAGGGGUGCCCAGUGGGUACUGA